GUGGCAUAAGGAAAUUUUCUCUGCAGCACCGUGUUAUUCCCCUGGGAGUCUGCAGCACCGCUCAACCAAAUUUUCUCUCAUUCCGUACUUCUCCACCUCUUCAAUCGUGCUGCACCGUGAAUCGAAACAAAAAACUGCUCUUCCAAAUCAAUUUCAGUUAACUCAAAUCCCUAAAACCCAAAUUUCUCCAGACCAUUGGAAUCAGUUUGCCUUUGUUGUUGCUAAUCUACAGGUAAAGCUUAAAUUUACAUACAAUUUUUAAUUUUUCUUGAUUGGAAUUUGGAAAGAAUUACAGAAAAUUGGCGAUGUCCACCGAGUCGGAUGCGUGGUGGAGACUCGGAUGCUCGCUUCCCUGACGUCACUACGCAUCGAUAAACGCACAUCAUUUCCGACUACGUCACUUCUUUCUCUCGCCUCCUUUUCAUGGUUGAUUAAGGGAAUUGAGAAUUGGGUCUUAUCAUAGUGGAUCUUGACGAGCGGGCGGGCGGGCGGGCGAGCGAGCCAAGACUUAGUGGUUUAAGCUGGAGAGGUUUAUUUGGAAGAACCAAAGCCGUUUGAGCCGAUGCUGUAGCAGAUUGAACCGGUUCUACGCAGACCUCGCCAAAUCUCAGCCAUCAGAUUGCUGUCCGGACGAUCGCACACUUUGUCCGCAACUUAGACACGCCCUUGCAGUUAUAGCACCAAGGUGGGCCUGGGAGCAAACGGCUGAGAAGAAUUGAACAGAAAUUGGGCCAAACAGGAGCAAAGCGCUGCGCCAGUUGCUGUGGAAGGGAAUGUUGCUGAUGAUGCUGGACUGGGCCCGCAUAAUUCAAGGGCUGCGCUAGAUGCUCAAGCUGCUCGGCAGAGGGAUGCCAGGUUCCACGACCAACACCGCGUGAAUUAUUGUUAAAAUUUCCAUUUGCAAAGAAAAGAUUGAUCAUGGCGUUGAAGAUUUUUGCUUCUGCAGAUCCUCCUGGGUCUUUGAUUAGUUGUUAUACAUUCUCUUAACUCUGUCACAAAAUUUCCAUUUGCAAAGAAAAGAUUGAUCAUGGCGUUGACGGUGGUAGGUGGGGCCGCUCUCUCGGGUUUCUUCCAGCAAGUAUUUGUGAAGUUGGAUUCUCAGGAGGUCAGGAACUUCAUCAGAGGAAAGAAACUGACUGAUGGGUUGCUCAAGAAGUUGAGGAUCAAGUUGAUGUCUGUCAGUGCUGUUUAUGAUGAUGCCGAGCAAAAGCAAUUACGUAACCCACAUGUGAGGCUGUGGCUGCACGAGCUUAAAGAGGCCGUCCUUGAUGCUGAGGACCUACUGGACGAGAUCAAGACAGAAGCGUUGAGGCGGAAAAUUGAAGCUGAAUUUGGAAGUAGCACAAGCAAGGUACAAGACCUCAUCUCUGCUUCUUUCCAUGCUUUUGAUGAGUCUGUAGACACCAAGAUAGAGGAAAUUCUUGAGAGGCUAAGCUUCAUUGUAGAACAAAGAGAUGCCCUUGAUUUGAAAAGAGGUAGUAGACACAAAAUCUCACAAACAUUGCUUUCAACUUCUUUAGUAGAAGGCUCUGAUGUGUAUGGAAGAGAUCGUGAGAAGGAAACCAUCAUUCAACUAUUGUUAUCAAAUGAUGUCACUUGUAGUAAGAUUGGCAUUAUUCCCAUUGUGGGCAUGGGUGGGAUCGGAAAGACCACCCUUGCUCAGCUCUUAUACAAUGAUGAUAGAGUGCAGCAGCAUUUUGAGCUCCAGGCAUGGGUUUGUGUUUCUGAUGAAUUUGACGUUGUUAAGAUCACACAAACAAUUUAUGCAUCAGUCACUUCACGAACCUGUGAUGACCUAAACCAGCUUCAGGUCAAACUCAAAGAUGCUUUGGCGGGGAAGAAGUUUCUUUUUGUUCUUGAUGACGUUUGGAAUGAGAAUUACAAUAUUUGGGAAUCCUUAAGGCGCCCCUUCGAGUCUGGAGCUCAUGGAAGUAAGAUCAUUGUCACCGCAAGGAAUGGUGGUGUUGCAUCUACGAUGGGUACUCUUCAAACCCACUAUUUAAAGCACUUACUUGAGGAAGACUGUUGGUCUUUAUUUGCAAACCAUGCCUUCAAAGAUGCAAGUGUUAUUGUAGAUCCAAAUCUGGAGGUAAUUGGAAGACAAAUUGUGAGCAAGUGUAAAGGCCUUCCUUUAGCUGCAAAAUCGCUCAGUGGUCUCUUACGCUCUGAAUCAAAUGUGGAGGAAUGGGAAAAUGUGCUCAAAAGUGACAUAUGGGAGUUGUCAGAUGCAAAGAUUGACAUUUUGCCGGCUCUAUGGCUAAGCUACCAGUACUUGUCUCCGGAGCUAAAGCGUUGUUUUGCUUAUUGUUCGACAUUUCCCAAAGAUUAUUUAUUUGACAAGUCUAAAUUAAUUUUGUUGUGGAUGGCCGAAGAUCUUAUACAACCCCAAAAGAAGACUAGGUUGGAAGAUGUUGGAAAGAAAUACUUUGAUGAUCUAAUCUCACGGUCAUUUUUUCAAUACUCGUCUUCAAAUGAUUGUUUCAUCAUGCAUGAUCUGAUGCAUGAUUUGGCGACUUACGUAUCUGGAGAAUUUUGCAUUAGAUUGGAAGACCACAACUUCUCAUUGGACGUUGUGAGCAAGGGUCGUCAUUUUUCUUAUAUGCAAUAUUCAUCUAAUGUUGAUUAUGAGAGAUUUGACACUAUUUAUGAAGCUAAGUAUCUGCGCACCUUCAUUCUUGGCAAUCACUUUCCAUCGCCGAAAGUACGACUUGAUCUCCUUUUAGUGCUACAUUGUUUAAGAGUUCUCAAACUACGUGGGCAUGAUAUCACGGAGUUGCCUGAUUCGAUUAGCAACUUGAAGCAUCUACGGUACCUUGACUUGUGGUUCACUCCAAUCCAGAAAUUACCUGACACCGUAUGCAGUUUGUAUAAUUUACAAACGUUGUUGUUGUCAAAUUGUAUAUAUCUAGCUGAGUUGCCCACCGAUUUGAGAAGACUUAUCAACUUGCGCCAUCUUGAUUUCAGAGGUACAAAAUUAAAAAUGAUGCCCCCCCACAUGGGCAAGUUGAAAGAUCUCCAAACAUUUGAAGGUGAGUUUGUCUUGAGCAAAGAUGCCGGGGGAAACAUUGAUGAGUUAAAGGGGUUUCAGCAUUUGAGUGGAAAUCUUCAUGUGUCAGGGCUUCAAAAUAUCAAACGUGCUGAGGAUGCUUUGGAGGCCAAACUGAGGGACAAGAAGCUUAGUGACAUACGUUUGAAAUGGGAAGGUGACACUAUCGAUUCUGAAAACGAUAGCCGAGUGCUGGGCAACCUGCACCCCAAUACAAACCUAAAAGUACUGGUUAUAGAAGGAUACGGAGGUACAAAGUUUCCAGGUUGGUUAGGAGAUGAGUCUUUCUCUAACCUCGUCACUAUCCGACUUGAGACUUGUGGAUAUUGUUUCUCCUUGCCAGCAUUGGGGCAGUUACCCUCCCUCAAAAGGCUUGAAAUUUAUGGGUUAAAUGGAGUGGAAUCAGUGGGGUCUGAGUUUUAUGGGGGAAUUAAACCUGCAUUUAAAUCUCUAGAGUUUCUGAGUUUCUGCAGUAUGCGGGAAUGGCAAGAGUGGUGUUUCCCUGGAGGUGAAGAAGAAGAAGGCGGACAUUUUCCUAAUCUUUGCGAGCUUAGUCUGGAGAACUGUCCCAAACUAACGGGGAAAAUACCGUUAUACUACUUCCCAAGACUUGAGCGGCGUACGUUUGGAGGAAGUUAAUAUCGAAUCCCUUGCUUGUUCGCAAGAAUGCAAUAAAUUCAAUAUUGAACUCCCAUCCCUCCGUGAGUUGAAAAUAUCAGAUUGCCCGAAUCUGGUAUGUUUUGUGGGUGGUGGAGUGCUGCUUGCGCCCAACUUGGAGGAGAUAACUAUUUGCCAUUUUAAGAACUUGUGGUCAGUGCCCGAAGAUAUGCAAAUCUCGCUCCCAUCUCUUCCGUCUCUGUCCAUACAAGGGUGUAAAGAAUUUAAAUCAUUUCCGGAAGAAUCUAAAUUCCCAUCCCUCGUUGUUUUGAAGAUACAGGGAUGCCCAGAAUUUGUGGGUUUCCCCCAUGGAGGAGGACUGCAAGCGCCCAACUUGAAGGAGAUGGAAAUCAAAGAAUGUAACAAAUUCAGGUCACUGCCAGAGGAGAUGCAAAUCUCUCUCCCAUCUCUCGAGUCUCUGUGUAUAAGGGAUUGUCCAGAAUUGGAAUCAUUUUCGGAAGGGGGAUUGCCGUCUAAAUUGCGUUUUCUCAGUAUCUGGAGUUGUAAAGAACUGAUGGCAAACCGUAUGCGGUGGGGUCUACAAACACUCACCUCUCUCAAAUACUUGGAUGUCAGCUUCAGAGGAUGUGAAGAUGAAGAAAUUGGCGAAUCAUUUCCAGAAGAGGGGCUGCUGCCAACCACUCUCACUUCUCUCGGAAUCUACAAUCAUCCGAAUCUGAAAACCAUUGACGGCAAGGCGUUAAGACACCUCAUCUCUCUCGAGAAGUUGGAGAUUUAUUAUUGUCCUCAACUCCAGAGCUUGCCAGAUGAAGGGCUACCCACUUCUCUUUCUCGUCUAGAUAUCUUCCCAGUGUGAUUGCUAAAACAACGGUGCCAGAGAGACACGGAAGAAGAUUGGGCCAAGAUUUCUACAUUCCCAACAUAACGAUUUCUGGCCGAAAGAUAUGAUUUGCAAUGGUACUCCAGUCCCAUAUAAACAUGAAAGUAUUUGCGAUAGAAACAUACGGAGCUACAAAAAUUCCAGAUGACUCGUUCAUUCUCUCAUCUUGUUACUCUUCGACAUGUGGAUUGUGAAUAUUGUUUUUCAAUGCCAGCAUUGGCACAGCUACCAUCUCUCAGAAGGCUUGAAACUGAUGGGUUAAAUGGAGUGGAAUUGUUCCUCGUUUCUUACUGUGUCUUACGGUGGUUCUAUUAUACCACAGUUUGUUGAACGAACUAGUCUUCGGUGAAAAACGAGCUUCAACAAGUUUACGAGCCCUAGUUUCCGAAUUUCCUUUUUCAAGUUUGUUUGCCAAAUUAUGUCUAUUGAGAGGUAGAUUUUGGUACUUUGUGGAAUUCGAAUUCAAAUGUUUGGUUUGUAAAAUAUGGAUGAUGAUUUCGUUUCUGUGGAACUGUGAAUCUAUGAUCAUGCUUGAAUGUUGU